AUCGUGUGUUCUUAUUUUGUACAUACGGUUGUGUGUGGGUGGGGGGGGGUGGGGGGGGGCCUUAAAUCAUUUUUAUUUCUGUUUGAAAUAAAUAAAAUAUGCUUUUUGCAGCAGUUAUCUCUUUAUUUUCAUAACAAUUGUUUUUUUUAAUAUACAAUUAAUUCGUGCUUUACAUCGUGUUAAAUCACAUACAAAACGUGUGAGAGCAAAAAAUUCUAUAAAUGGAAAUAAUCAACAUCAUUCUCAUCAAACAAAAUAUUCUGUAACAAUUAUGGUUAUAACAAUUGUAUUAACAUUACUUAUAUGUCGAAUUGUACGACGUUUUCAUAAUAUAGCAAAUUUAAUAGCUAUUAUAAAUGCAGCAACAAAUUUUUUACCAUUUUGUGUAUUUGAACAAUUAUUUUGUGCUGAAUGUUUAAAUAUUUAUUGUUGUAGAAAAAUAACAAAUAAACAAUCUUCACAGGAAAUAAAACGAAAAGAUAAUAAUGAUAAUUAUGAAAAUUUAUUAAAUAAACAAAAAAUAAUAAUAAAUAUUAAUAUUCAAAAAGCAACUCAAAUUCAUAAUGAACAUUUACAAAAUGUUUUACCAUUAAAUUCUGAAACAACAUCAUCGUCACCUAAUCAUUCAUCAUCUUCUUGUUCAAAAAUAAAUAUUAUUAAAUUAUAUGAUUCAUCAUGGCAAUCUAAUAAUCAUGAAUAA